UCUGGGAACUCGAGACGGCUCACUGGACAAUCAAAUAACGUCCACUCUUAAGGCAUGUUCACGGCGGCGAGGAUCCAGACGUGAAAACAGCAAGCUAGGAAGAGACACCAGGGAGUGAGCCUGACUGUCAUCAUAUCCAUCUGACAAAGGUUAUAUGCCGCCGAUCGGGCGCUGGGACCAGUCGGAGCUGAGUUGGGCACGGCACAGGUGUGGGAAGAGCUGAUUAGGAAUAUCAAUUGAACAAACUGGGCUCCAAGUAUGGCAGAAGCUGUGGAUGAUUCACCAGAUGAGGGAAUAGCCGUUAAGUUAAAACGGAUUCCCAAAGAGCUUGCUGUGACUGAGGAUGAAACCAUUGAGCUGGUAAAAGAGGAGGCAAUAGCAGAAGCUGAGAAAAGGCUUAGGGAUCUGCUGACAAGAACAACAGGGAGGAGCCUCUCUAGAGUUGAACAGUCUACUCCAGAGGCAGACCAGCCUGACACCGGACUGGACAAGCACACCUUCACCCAGACAAGAGCCAUGGCGCAAGGCUUCAUGGACAUGGCACUGUUGGUGGCAAACGCUGGCCAGCUCAGGCUGGUCUUGACUGAGAGGGAGUCUGGGAAUAAUCGAAUCUUCAUGGCAGACUUUGUCAUCGCCCUGCUGGUGGCUUCCAUCGUUGUGCAAAUUUUGGUGGGAGUCCUGCUAUAUAUCAAGUCCCGCCAGAACAUAAACAAUCUGAAACAUCACAAAUGCAUCGAUAUGGUCAACAACAUGACUACAGGGUUGGUGAUGAUCAUCACUGUCCUGAACGUCUUCAUCUCGGCUUUCGCCAUCGUGGAUAAUUCACACCCAUUACCAAGUCCGCAGGCGACUCAAGCGGCUGCUGGGCAACCAGUUCUUCCCACGGUCGGCCCUACCACCAGUACUCUUGCACACACCACACCGAUGAUGCCGACCACAAACGUUACCACUUCAACCUGCGUAUGCCCGGCUUGCCCAACGGAUUAACCUGUGACUAGGUUGACAGCUGAAGGCAUUCAAAAGCAUGGCAACAUCGGUAUAAAGUUGAACUGUGAAAACAUCCCAUGUACUUUAGCCGUUGUGUUUAUAAUAUAAAAAAAAACAACUAUUCGUUCUACGGUCACGAAAGAAAAGAGCCACCAAAUUCCACCCAAAUUUCUUCAAAUCCAUUGACAACAUGAAAAAUAUU